AUGGAUUGGCAAUUAACAUGUCGAGUAUGUUUAGAAACUGGGGAUAUGGUUUCCCUCUUUGAUUGGGACGAAAAUAAUGAACAACUCGGCGACAAGUACACCUAUUGCUGCGGCGUGGAGGUCUCUAAAAACGAUAAUUUACCGACGCUAAUAUGCUUGAAUUGUGUCGAUCGUCUGACUUAUGCAUACCAGUUCAAACAGCAAUGUUUGACUUCCAACGACACAUUGCGAGAAUGUUUGGAAGAAUUUAAGAAAAGCUCCGAAAUCGUGUCUGCAGGAAACUCAUCCAAAGGUCCCACCGAAACAGAAACUAUCACCAUUAAGCAAGAGAAUGGUCUACUUCUUCAAUAUGAGUUGCCCGUAGAACAUGACCCGCAAGGUCAGUGGACUAGGACACUGGUGAAGACACCAAGCACUGCAGUUGUUACUAAAGCCCCUGGGCCUAGGAAAAGAGGUCGGCCUAGGAAAUAUCCUAAUGAACAAGGGCAAAUUGAAUUAUCACCCUACCAGCGCAAGAAGCCAAAAAAUCAUGAAAAAGAGCCAGAAGCUCUGACCACACUGCUAGCGACUGGAUCUCUUGAUUUGAAACAAGAACCAACUGAUGAAGAUACUUAUGGUGAAUUUGGCAGUAUAGAUGAUGAUCCUGACUUCAUACCUGGUGGAGAUGAUCCUGAAUCUGAGCCUGAGACAAAGGAAACACAACAAAGUCGCAAACGCGGACGGCCGCGCAAGAUAUCAGACGCAAAAGUUAAGACCAAGACCGAGGAUGGAGAAGACAUGCUUCUCAAGGAAACUAUACUGGCGUUUUCAGAGCCGAUACCGGAACAUAUUCUGAACCCCAAGCCUAAAAAGAAGAGUAUAAAUAAAAAGAAAUACAUAUAUGAAAAAACACACACGUGCGAAACUUGCGGCGCGUCGUUCACUUCUAAUGCAUCUCUCCAGGCGCAUAUUCGACGACAUUUGGGCAUCAAGCCGUUUGUAUGCAGCGUGUGCGGGUACGCGUGCGUUCUGAACAUGGAGCUGCGGCGCCACAUGAUGCGCCACACCGGGGUGCGCCCCUACAAGUGCCGCGUGUGCGACCGACGCUUCGGGGACUUCGGCAGUCGCCAGAAGCACGAGAGGCGAGUGUCGAUCCCUCCCUUCUAG